UCGCCACGCCCACAUAAACGUCACGGCAGAGUGACCAAACCCGGAAGUGAAGAUGGCGACCGCCUACGAGAGGUUCAACCUGCAUGCAACACCUGAGAAGUUCUACAUUGAGGCCUGUGGUGAUGGAGCUAAUGACGUGUUGGUUAUUGAUAGGGUGUCCACCGAGAUGACCCUCUCAGGUAUUAAGGACAUCCCCCCAUCAGGCGUAACCAGGCCCAUUUGUGGAAUCAUGGGAACUACUCGCCUGGUGGCUGGGAUGUACCUCAUAGUCAUCACCCGGAAAAGGAAAGUGGGCGACCUGUUUGGCCACACUGUGUGGAAAGCGCUGGAGUUUGAAGUGAUUUCUUAUAAGAAGACCAUUUUGCACCUCACAGACAUUCAGAUGCAAGACAACAAGACGUUUCUGUCUAUGAUCAGCAAUGUACUCAACACAGACGGUUUCUACUUCUGCACGGACUAUGACCUGACCCACACCCAGCAGCGCCUGUCCAACACCAGCCCGGACUUCCAGGAGAUGAGCCUGCUGGAGAGGGCAGACCAGAGAUUCAUGUGGAAUGGAAACCUUUUAAGAGAAAUAAUCGCACAACCUGAGCUCCAUAAAUUUGCAUUUCCUGUCAUCCACGGAUUUAUUGUGAUGAAGCCGUGUUGCAUCAAUGGGAAGGUGUUUGAGUGGAUCCUCAUCUCUAGACGGAGCUGUUUCAGAGCUGGGGUCCGGUAUUAUGUCAGAGGCAUUGACUCUGAAGGACAUGCUGCUAACUUCGUUGAGACAGAACAGAUAGUCCAGUACAAUAAUGCCCAGGCGUCCUUUGUGCAGACUCGAGGCUCCAUGCCCUUUUUCUGGUCUCAAAGACCCAACCUGAAGUACAAGCCCAAGCCACAGAUAAGCACUGACACCAAUCAUAUGGAUGGAUUCAGGAGGCAUUUUGAGUCGCAGGUUCUCAUUUAUGGCAAACAAGUGAUUCUAAAUUUGGUGAAUCAGAAAGGAUCUGAAUUGCCCCUUGAACAGGCCUUCGCCAAAAUGGUCAACGGCAUGGAGAACGGACUCAUCAAGUACAUAGCAUUUGACUUUCACAAAGAAUGCAGUAAGAUGAGAUGGCAUCGCCUCCAGAUUCUCGUUGAUGCUGUUUCUGACAUGCAAGAGGAGUUUGGGUACUUCAUGGUGAGCUCAGACGGGAAGGUGACGUCCGAGCAGUCUGGAGCCUUCCGCAGUAACUGUAUGGACUGUCUGGACCGCACUAACGUUAUUCAGAGCCUGCUGGCCAGACGCUCUCUACAGAGCCAGCUACAGAGGAUGGGUGUCCUCCACGUAGGCCAAAAAAUUGAGGAGCAGGCUGAUUUUGAGAAGAUUUAUAAGAACGCGUGGGCAGACAAUGCCAAUGCUUGUGCUAAACAGUACGCAGGAACUGGAGCCCUGAAAACCGACUUCACCAGAACCGGGAAGAGGACUCACUGGGGCUUGGUAAUGGACGGCUGGAACUCAAUGAUCCGUUACUACAAGAACAAUUUCUCAGAUGGGUUCAGACAAGACUCCAUCGAUCUCUUCCUUGGAAACUAUACAGUGGAUGAAACCGAAAGUUUGACGCCUCUGAAUGUGCAGAAGGACUGGAAGUUCCUUUUGCUUCCUGUUAUUAUGUUGGUGGCCUUCUCCAUGUGCAUCAUCUGUCUCCUAAUGGCUGGUAAGGUCUGACAUUAUAACACAAUGUGA